AGUUUCAAAACAACUACUUUCUCUUCAUUUUUAUUCUUCGUCUUCUUGGUCACACAAAUCUCUCUGCUCUUCUUCUCCUCUUCAGCUAUGAAAUCUAAACACAGCUCAAAGCGCAAGCGGGAGAGAAAUUGGGCUGAGCUGUGUUGUUGUUUGGAUUAUUGCUCGUGCCUACAGCUCUUUUGGCCUCGAGUUGUGCGUAAGUGGUUCAACAUCACCUCUGAUCACUCUGAUUACAGUGCUGACACCGACGACGGCGACGACGACUAUCUUGAUGCGGAAUCUGACAUCGAAGAAAUUAGGCAGUCAAGGUUCAGAGUUAACAAAGAGGAGGAAGCCCAAGUUGAUCCUAAUGGGGCUUCAGAUGCUUUUCCCUGGAUAAGAAGACGAAAGACAGAAACCUUUAGGGCACAAUAUAUAAAUACAAAGGAACUCAGAAUACAUGUCAGUACAUGGAAUGUUGGAGGCAAAAGUCCACUGGAUGACCUUGAUAUUAAUGAUUGGAUAGAUAUCAAUGAUCCUGCCGACGUCUAUGUGCUUGGUCUUCAGGAAAUUGUACCAUUAAAUGCUGGGAAUAUAUUUGGUGCUGAAGAUAGCCGUCCUGUUCAAAUGUGGGAAAACAUUAUUCGUGACACACUAAGUAGAAUACGACCUUCCUCUGCCAAGAUUAAAUCUUUCAGUGAUCCUCCUUCUCCAUCCAAGUUUAAGCCAGCUGAUGAUAUCCCAUAUAUAGAAGAGGAGAUAUUGCUUGAAAGUGAUGUUAAUGUUGGUGAGGAAGCUUAUCCAUUGGACGAUGAAACUAAUCGUUUUGAUGAAGUCAAGGAGGAACCGGUCAUGACUUCUGUCACUGCAUACUCUAUGCUUGGUGCUAAACUAGACAUGCCUGUAGGACAGGAUAUACAGAGGCAAUUUUCUUCUCCAAAGAAGUUAGAUGGGUUAUAUCGUUCGCUAACAGAAAAUGGCGAAGGAGAUAUGUCCUCAGUGCAAAACAAUCGCAGAUUAAAUAAAAUGCUUAGUGGGUCCGAAAAGAUAGGCUUGUGCUGGCCAGAACCUCCACUAGAUUUGCUAACUCAGAAUGUUUUAGAGAGACCAAGUUCCUUCAAAUCUAUUAAAUCUUUCAAAACAGCCAAGUCUUUCAAGACAUAUAGUUCUUUCAAGUCAAUCAUGAAUGAUAUGCCAUCAGGGAUAGCUUUGCUUGCUGAAAUUGACCUGGAAACUCUCAUGAAGCAAAAAAAAAGGUCAUCAUAUGUAAGGAUAGUAAGUAAGCAGAUGGUUGGGAUUUUCCUCACGAUAUGGGUACGUAGGAGCUUGCGUAGGCAUAUCCAAAAUGUGAGGGUGUCAACAGUUCCUGUUGGUGUAAUGGGCUACAUUGGUAACAAGGGGUCAGUAUCUGUCAGCAUGUCCAUAUAUCAGACUCUAUUUUGUUUUAUAUGUACACAUCUGACAUCAGGUCAAAAAGAGGGAGAUGAACUGAAAAGAAAUGCUGAUGUAUAUGAAAUUCAUCGAAGAACUCACUUCUAUUCUCAAUCUGAAAUAGGACUUCCCAAAAGCAUCUAUGAUCAUGAAAGAAUAAUUUGGUUGGGUGAUCUGAAUUAUCGCAUCAAUUUGCCAUAUGAGAAAAUACAAGAACUCAUCUCCAAGAAGGAUUGGUCAAAGCUAAUGGAGAAAGACCAGCUUAUACGAGAACUGAGGAGAGGUCGUCCAUUUGAUGGAUGGUCUGAAGGGACGUUGAAUUUUCCACCAACAUAUAAAUAUGAGUUAAAUUCGGAAAAAUAUCAUGGAGAGGAUCCAAAGGCUGGGAGGCGGAAUCCUGCUUGGUGUGAUCGCAUUCUUUCAUAUGGUAAGGGAAUGAGGCUAUUGAAAUACCGAAGGGCUGAAAUUAAAAUGUCUGAUCACCGACCUGUGACCGCCACAUAUAUGGCCGAGGUUGAAGAAUUUUCCCACAGGAAGCUACAACAUGCUCUGACAUUCACGGAUGCUGAAAUUGAAAAUGAGGGAGCUGUAACAGACCUGGGGGUUUCAGUGUUGGAUUGAACAACUUGAGAUUAGAUCUGGUAGAUUAACCUAUGGCAGAACUUGUAAGAGGCAUUGGAUUUGGGCAACAAUUAGCAAUUCUAUUGUUACUCAUCAGAUUAAUUCAUUUGAUUGUUUUAAUUUAUUCCUUUACCAUAUUUGUAUAUUGCAGCUGUAUAGUAGCUUUUGUGAUUCUUACAUGUAGGUCUCUGGAAAAAAAAAAAUGUUAAGAGCUGGUGUUGGCUCUCUUAUAUAAAUCAAUGUUUGUAAAGUUCUUCCAAUAACACCUUGAGGCAACCUUUUGUGAUCUGCCCUGAAGCUGAAACUUUAGUGUUGUAAAAGAUGAUAGAUUCUUGCUUUCGACAUUAUGAUUUGGUUCACACUUCUUAUAGGGAAGAAAACUAUGUAUAAUUACUUUAAGUACACAAAUAAGUAUAUAUUUGAUGUA